UGUAUUGUAAUCUUUGCUCAGUCCAACGUGGUCCCUUCACCCGGGCUCCGCUCUUGCCUUCUCCACACUUGUUUGAUUUAUGAGGAAUCCAAGAUGAAUUUGGAGCAGGAGAGGCCGUUUGUCUGCAGUGCCCCAGGCUGCUCCCAGCGCUUCCCAACAGAGGACCAUCUGAUGAUUCAUAGGCACAAGCAUGAAAUGACUUUGAAGUUUCCCUCAAUAAAAACAGACAAUAUGUUAUCAGAUCAAACUCCAACCCCAACGAGAUUCCUGAAGAACUGCGAGGAGGUGGGGCUCUUCAAUGAGUUGGACUGCUCUCUGGAGCAUGAGUUCAGGAAGGCUCAGGAGGAAGAGAGCAGCAAGCGGAAUAUCUCGAUGCAUAACCCUGUUGGUGGGGCCAUGGCGGGGCCUGGAACUCACCAGCUCGGCAGCGCCCGGAUGCCCAACCAUGACACCAGCGUUGUGAUUCAGCAAGCCAUGCCGUCACCCCAGUCCAGCUCUGUCAUCACGCAGGCCCCUUCCACCAACCGCCAGAUCGGGCCUGUCCCAGGCUCUCUAUCUUCUCUGCUCCAUCUUCACAACAGACAGAGACAGCCCAUGCCAGCCUCCAUGCCUGGGACCCUGCCCAACCCUACAAUGCCGGGCUCUUCUGCCGUCUUGAUGCCAAUGGAGAGACAAAUGUCAGUGAACUCCAACCUCCUGGGAAUGCAAGGUCCAAAUCUCAGCAACCCCUGUGCUUCUCCCCAAGUCCAGCCAAUGCAUUCAGAAGCUAAGAUGAGGUUGAAGGCUGCAUUGACUCACCACCCUGCCGCCAUGUCAAAUGGGAAUAUGAACACCAUGGGACACAUGAUGGAAAUGAUGGGCUCCCGGCAGGACCAGGCGCCGCACCAUCACAUGCACUCACACCCGCAUCAGCACCAGGCACUGCCGGCCCAUCACCCCUACCCGCACCAGCACCAGCACCCAGCACACCAUCCUCACCCUCAACCCCAUCACCAGCAGAACCACCCGCAUCAUCACUCCCACUCCCACCUUCAUGCACACCCAGCACACCACCAGACCUCGCCACACCCACCCCUGCACUCCGGCAACCAAGCACAGGUUUCACCAGCAACGCAACAGAUGCAGCCCACCCAGACAAUACAGCCGCCCCAGCCCACAGGGGGGCGCCGGCGAAGGGUGGUGGAUGAGGAUCCUGACGAGAGGCGGCGGAAAUUUUUGGAACGGAACCGGGCGGCCGCCACCCGCUGCAGACAGAAGAGGAAGGUCUGGGUGAUGUCACUGGAAAAGAAAGCAGAAGAGCUCACCCAGACAAACAUGCAGCUUCAGAACGAAGUGUCCAUGUUGAAGAAUGAGGUGGCACAGCUGAAGCAGCUGUUGUUAACGCAUAAAGACUGCCCCAUAACAGCCAUGCAGAAAGAAUCACAAGGAUAUCUCAGUCCAGAGAGUAGCCCUCCUGCAAGUCCCGCCCCCACAUGCUCGCAGCAGCAGGUCAUCCAGCAUAACACCAUCACCACUUCCUCGGCAGUCAGCGAGGUGGUAGGAAGCUCCACCCUCAGCCAGCUCACCACUCACAGAACAGACCUGAACCCCAUCCUCUAAAAUCUGUGGGUCACACCUUGCCUUCAAGAAGAGCUGUUGCAUAUCCUGCGUCCUUUCUUUUAAGGGCAUUUUUAGAAUUAACUCAGACCUGGAAGACUCCUCAGCCCUUCAAAGACUGGCUUUCAUUUUUAUAGUUAUUAUGGAAAUGUUGUCUUUUAUACUUAGUUAUAUAAGAAAAAAGGGAGUUAUGCAAUUAAUAAUCUAUCAGCUUGGGAAAUGCUUUGGUGCUUUUCUCCAAUUUUCUGGUACCAGUUACUUGUUUAUAAACUGAACUCUUUCUGUACAUAGUCAUGGUUUCAUUCUUAUCAGUCAAACCCUUUGCCUGAAGUGUUGAAUCUUGUUAAACCGCAGCUUUUAGCCAAAAUGAAGCGUACACAGAUGUCCAGUAAACAGAUUGCAAGGCGACUGGGGGGUGGAGUCUGAUGACAUCAUAACUCGUGUUGAGUUUGUGUUAUGAUGUCACCAGAAUGCCAGGUUAACAUAGAACCUUUUCCACAACUGUUUCUCUUACUAUUAAAUAAGUAUUAAUAGAAGCUCCAUUGAUGUCCAAAUAAAAUCAGCAAGGAUCUUGCCACUUCUCCUCCUCCUCUUGGUCCACUUCCUUGACUGCCCAAUUUUCCUUUCCAUUUCCACUUUUACCUGGGCUCCCUGUUGACUUUUUAUUGUUACUUUCUUCUGUUUUAUUUUUUCCCUUUAGCAUUGCAUGUAAAGAAGAAAAUAAUGUUUAAAGGAAAAAAAAAAAAAAGCUAAUGUGGACCUAGCCAUGGCUUCCCUUGCAUGUGACCCACAGCUGGAGUUCAUUCAACUCUUUCUUUUUACACAAGAGUAACCAGGAGAUGUUUAAUGUGCCUGAUUUAAUGUUUUUAAUAAUCAGAACAAAUAAAAGGUGGCUUAGCCAUAGGUGAAGCACUGUUGAAUGCCAGCUGCGGAGACACUAGGGAAGGGAGCUUCAUAAGCCUCAAUUGUGAAAGUCCAAAUUACGAUGCAAGGCUAUAACAUCACACCCUCGAAUUACAACUGGUUUAUAUGGCCUGUCUAUAAUGUUGAAAAUCCAUGUACUAUGUAAUAAUGCAGAAGGGCUCUAUUCACUACACGGAUUACAUUGUUCAGUCAUCAGCUGCUAAUAGCCUAAGAUUUAUUAUUGUUUUUUUCCUUAAGCCUAUGGAA